UACAUAAUAUCACAGAAUAUCUAUAUUGCUAUCCAUUCUUUCAGAAUGACAUCUAGAAAAAUACAUAGCAUUAAAUUAAAUAGUGGUUUUUAUAUGCCAGUUAUUGGCUAUGGUACAUUUAACUCAUUUAAGGCAAAUGAAGUACGGGAUGCAACACGUGUGGCUUUAGAACUUGGAUAUCGUCAUUUUGAUACAGCCUGGAUUUAUCAAACAGAAGAAGAACUUGGUGACGCCAUUACACCAAAAAUAAAAGACGGCUCAUUGAAAAGAUCCGAUUUGUUUCUAGCAACUAAGUUAUGGUUUACCCAUCUUCGUCCGGAGUCAGUGGAAGAAAUGUGUCGGGAAUCGUUAAAGUCACUACAAACAGAUUAUCUGGAUUUGUAUCUUAUACACUGGCCAUUUUCUGUCAAAGCAGGUAAAGAAAAAGGAGAUGAAUUUAAAACAAGAUUGCCUAACGACGAUGUUGAUUUUAUAGAUACAUGGAAGGCGAUGGAAGAACUGGUGAUUAAAGGAUUAGUUAAAACUAUCGGUGUUUCUAAUUUUAAUAUUCAACAAUUGAAACGACUUUUAGCUGCUGAUAAUCUUAGAUAUAAACCAGCAGUUAAUCAGGUUGAAGUUCAUCCAUAUUAUACUAACAAUGAAUUAUUAGAUUAUUGUAAACAAGAGAAUAUUGUGGUCACUGCCUACUCUCCACUAGGUAGAGGAGCUGCAGACAGUUCUGACCCAUACCAGCCAGCCAAUGUACUUGUCGAUAAAACUAUACAAAAAAUAGCAGCUAAAUAUAAUAAGACUGCGGCACAGGUAAUAUUAAGAUGGGGAGUUGAUCGAGGAUAUACAUUGGUACCAAAGAGUGUCACACCUGCUAGAAUUCAACAAAAUAUUGAGAUAUUUGAUUUCUCUUUGACUGAAGAAGAAGUUAAAACUAUCAGUAAUUUAAAUCAAGAUUAUAAAUGUAUUCACCAGGAACUAUACAGAGACCACCCCGAGUAUCCAUUCUAAAACUAUACUAUAAAGUAUUUUAUAUAUACUGUUUACUAUAUUCGAAAUAAUAGCAUACCAUAGCACCGCUGUCUGGGCACAAUUUCCCACAUAGUACAUUGUAUGACAUAUGCCCGUCUUCAUUAGACCAGUUGGUGCAAAAAAUUAGGACGUUAAACUCCAUUUCAUUUUAUAUGCAUAUAUUUGCCUAUAUUAUAUUUCUGUGGUAGAUGUGUGCUAUAUUUAAAUGUUUACUGAAUACUA